AUGCCGCUGGGUAUCUUAGAGUAUCGCAAGCUCGAGCAUGUGCCGGGCACGUCGCCCCUGAGCGAGGUCGGCCGGGCAGACGCUGAAGUCUCUGGUGUCGACUCCAACCUGCUCAAGCACGACCCUACCGGCACGACUGUCCUCGUACCACAGCCAUCCGACUCGCCCAACGACCCGUACAACUGGCCGCGAUGGAAGAAGGAGAUGUUUACCGUCGCCAUUGCGUACGGCUGCGGCUGUGUCGGCGCCGUCGGGCCCCUCCUAACAUCCGCUUUCGUCCCGCUUGCUGAGCAGUUCAACGUGCCUCUGUCACGCUUCACUCUCGGCGUCAACGGCUCCCUUAUCGCGGCCAUUGCCGUCGGCAGUAUCAUCUUCAACACACUGGCGGUGAAGAUUGGCAAGCGCCCGGUCUAUCUCGUCACGUCCGUCGGUCUGUUCGUGACAUGCUUCUGGGCUGCCGAGGCCAAGAGCUUUGGCUCUCUGGCUGCUGCCCGUGCAAUCCAGGGGUUGUGCAUGGCGCCAAUGGAGGCACUGGUACCGGCUUCCAUUGCCGAUAUCUGGUUCGUCCAUGAGAGAGGAUACAGGAAUGCUAUCUUCAACUUGGGUGUCCUGGGUGGCAUCAACCUUGCCUCACCCAUCGCCGGCGCCAUCAUCCAGUACAGCUCCCAGCGCAUCUGCCUCCACGCCAUGGGCGGUGCCUUCGUCCUGCAGACGAUUCUCACCUGGCUGUUUAUGCCCGAGUCUGCCUACCACCGCGUCGGCACUCUCAACAUUGACAGCGGAAGCCACAACGUCGAGGUCGAGGGCGCCGCCGAGAAGGGCGGCUUCGAGCACAACGACCAGGCGGCCGCUGCAGCCACUGGCAACCAGGCCGCAGGUGACAACGGUGCCAACGAGGAGCCGAUCACCUGGGCCAAGGAGAUGCUCCCCUACAGCGGGUACUGGGACAAGGUGUCCUUCUGGCGCACGCUGCUCCAACCGUUCUGCAUGAUCGCCUCGCCCAUCGUCCUCUGGGCGACCCUGCUCUUCACGACCUGCAUCUCCUGGCUCGUGCUCAUCAGCAUCUCCCUGUCGCAGAUCUUCUCGGCCCCGCCAUACAACUUCUCCGUCAGCGCCGUCGGCGCUACCAAUGUCUCGUCCUUUGUGGCGACGCUACUGGCUACCGCGAUCGCCGGACCGGCCAUUGAUGGCCUUGUCAAGGUCAUGUCACGCAAGAAUGGCGGUACAUUCGAGCCCGAGUUCCGCCUUCCGAUCAUGGUCACCUACCUGCUCUUCACGGCGACCGGCUUCUUCGCCUGGGGCGAGGCGCUCUACAAGCAGGACGCGUGGGCCAUCCCCGUCAUCGUCUGCAUGGGCCUCAUCAACUUUGGCGUGCAGCUCGGCACCACGGGCGUCGUGGCCUACGUGGCCGACUGCCACCGGCCCCAGGCGGCCGAGGCCUUUGCGCUCAUGAACUUUGUCAAGAACUUGUUCGCAUUCGGCAUGACCUUCUACGCCAACGACUGGAUCGCCGUGCAGGGCGUGCGCAACUGCUUCUUUGUCAUUGGCGGCAUCACGGUCGCCGUCGUGCUGACGACCAUCCCCAUGUACAUCUACGGCAAGAGGGCGCGUGGCUUCACGGCGAAGCACCGCCUGGUCAAGUGGAUUAUCGAGUAG